GUUAUGGAUUCUCUGGUUUUGCAGCACUGCUCAAUUCAACGCAAGCCACCACCUUGUCAGAAUCAGAAGAGGUCAUAUCUGUAUUCAGGAGCAGGAUGCUGCAGCUCCAUACAACCAGGAGCUGGGAUUUCAUGGGCCUCAGCUUGCAUUUACAGAUGGAGCAACCAUCCUCACAAAUGCAUUUGAAGUACGGAGACGACGUAAUUGUCGGUAUCCUCGACACAGGGGUGUGGCCUGAAUCCAAGAGCUUCAGAGAUGACCCCCACCUAGGCCCCAUCCCGUCAUCAUGGCGCGGAACGUGCGUGGGAGGUCAGCAGUUCGACCCGGCCACCGCGUGCAACCGCAAGCUCAUCGGCGCGCGGUACUACCUGGCCGGCAUCGAGAGUGAGCUUGGCCCGAUCAACACCACCGGUGGCACGGAGUACCGGUCGCCGAGGGACCGUGUCGGCCACGGCACGCACACGGCAUCCACAGCGGUGGGCGCCGUGUCCCCCAACGCCAGCUACUUCGGCGGUUUGGGCCACGGCGUAGCGCGUGGUGGCGCGCCUAGAGCACGGUUGGCGGUGUACAAGGUGUGCUGGUUCAAGGACCUGACGGGCCGGUGCAGCGACGCGGACAUCCUGGCGGCGUUUGACGACGCUCUGCACGAUGGCGUGCACGUCAUCUCGGCGUCUCUCGGGUCGUCGCCACCGCUGGCCCCACUGUUCGCGACGAGUACCGAGGUCGGGUCGUUCCACGCGAUGCAGCUCGGGGUGUCGACGGUGUUCUCGGCGGGCAACGAUGGCCCGGACGCGGCCAUGGUGCAGAACGUGUCACCGUGGGGCAUCACCGUCGCCGCCAGCAGCAUCGACAGGAGGUUCCCCACGGUGAUCACGCUCGGGAACAACGCGUCCGUCGUGGGAGAUGGCUUCAUUGUCAAGGACAUGGAAAUGCCAUUAGUAGAGAGCAGUAGCGUCUUCGCGGACGGGACGUGUUCGUUCGACCAGCUGGUGAACCGCACGGCGGCGUCCGGGAAGAUCGUCUUGUGCUUCUCCACAAUUGGGAUGGUGUCCAGCGAGGGCGCGGCGCUGGCGGUGUACGCCGCCGGCGGCUCCGGCGUGAUCUUCGCCGACACCAGCUCCCGGAAGUCCAACCAGGACAACUUCCUGCCGACCGUCCACGUCAACCUGCGCCAGGGCACCAAGAUCCUCAACUACAUCCAGAGCCGUUCAAGGCAGCGGCCGACGGUGCACGUCUCGGCGAGCAGGACCGUCGUCGGCAAGACGCCGGCGCCGGCUAUCGCAUACUUCUCCUCCAGAGGGCCCAGCUCCAUUUCUCCAAACAUUCUCAAGCCUGACAUCACCGCACCUGGAGUGAACAUCCUGGCGGCAUGGCCGCCCAAGGCGUCGCCGACGGUGCUCCCCCUGGACAAGCGCUCCACGGAGUGGAACUUCGACACGGGCACGUCCAUGUCGUGCCCCCACGUCUCCGGCAUCGUCGCCAUCCUCAAGUCCGUGCACCCGACCUGGUCGCCGGCCGCCGUCAAGUCCGCUCUGAUGACCACGGCGUACGUGCACGACGACACGUCCGACGCGAUGCUGGCCGGCGGCACGAUGAAGGCGGCGGAUGCCUUCGACACCGGCGCGGGCCACGUGGACCCGCUGCGGGCGCUGGACCCGGGGCUGGUCUACGACGCCGACGCGCGCGACCACGUGCGAUACCUCUGUGGCCUCGGCUACACGGAGACGCAGGUGCGGCAGAUGGUGCUCCCCUCCCCGGCGCUCAACACGAGCUGUGCCGGCGCCGGGAUGCCGUACGGCGUGUCCGACCUCAACUACCCGGCCAUCGUGCUCGCUGAGCUGGGCGCCGCGGCGACCGUGAAGCGGACGGUGACGAACGUGGGCCUCCGUAGGGACGCCGUGUACCAUGUCACCGUCGUCAGCCCCCAGGGCGCGCGUGUCGCGGUGUGGCCGCCGGCGCUGGUGUUCUCCCCGCGCUGCGCCAAGGCCGAGUACUACGUCACCGUCACGCCGGCGAAGCUGUCGCGCGGCCGGUACGACUUCGGCGAGAUCGUCUGGUCCGACGGCUACCACCGCGUGCGCACGCCGCUUGUCGUCAGGGUCACCAACCUGCCCGACGCCGGCGCUCAGUCCACGGAUGAGGACGGGGCUGCUGAUCAUCCACAGGCUGCCUAGGUCCGGUUAUACUAUAAUCUUGGCGGUGCACGUCUUCAGAUCACGUUAGACCGAUCUGAUUCGGAUACUUUCUUAGUCUGGAUUUUUCGUAAUGUUUUGAGUUCAUUUCUUUGGGACACAGACACACUGUAGGUGUGCCAUUGGCCAUGUUAAAAAUUUGUGACGAAUUUCAGAGUGAUAGCA